AUGGCGGCCACGGCGUACUCCGUGGCGCUCCUCGGCGGCGCACGCCUGCCGGCCGCCCCGCGCUCCGCCCUCCUCCCUCGGCGCAGCGUCUGCCAGCUUCGCCUGCAAGAUGCACCGAGGCUGUCCCUGCUCCGUGCGAAGGCCGCGUCCGAGGACACAUCGGCCUCCGGCGACGAGCUCAUCGAGGACCUCAAAGCAAAGUGGGACGCCGUUGAGGACAAGCCCACCGUCCUCUUGUACGGCGGCGGCGCCAUCGUCGCCCUCUGGCUGACGUCCGUGGUUGUCGGCGCCAUCAACGCCGUGCCGCUGCUCCCCAAGAUCCUGGAGCUCGUUGGGCUCGGCUACACCGGCUGGUUCGUGUACCGCUACCUCCUCUUCAAGGAAAGCAGGAAAGAGUUGGCCGCCGACAUUGAGACCUUGAAGAAAAAGAUAGCUGGAACAGAAUAA